AUGGGACUGUCUCGGGUAUGUGACGGGAAGCCUUCCCCCGCAGCACCUUCAACCCUCGCCGAGGUGAGCAGCUUGGGCGACGCCUGGGUAGUAGGCUACACGGAGGGAGACCUUGACGGGAAUAGCCACAUUGGCUCACGGGACAUCUUCAUCAUGAAAUUCAACAGCGCCGGUGAAUGGGUGUGGACGGGACUGCACGGAAGCAGCGCGAGUGAUACCGCCCACGGUCUGCAGGUAGAUGCCUCGGACAACGUUUUUGUGACCGGCGUCACAGAAGGUGACCUGGAUGGGAACGGCAGUCCAAGCGGCAGAGAUAUGUUCCUGAUGAAGUUCAGCUCUGCUGGGACCCAUGCCUGGACAAUGCAGCGCGGAGGAAGCAGUGGAUCUACCUACGGACAAUCUGUGCAGGCUGGGUCGGGGAGGCAUGCUGAGCGGGAAUCCGUCUCUACAGAUCUGACUUAG